GGCGUGUGCUCUGUGCAUUUGUGGACAAAGUGCAUGUGAGGGCCCCAAACAUGUGCAUCUGUUUGUGUGUGUGUGAGGAUUUCUUUGCACGUUUUUCCAGUUUGCAUUAAGUUUGAAGUAAAAUCACGUUUUGGCGCAACAUUAGACGCAUCAGCUUCUUCUUUAAGAGCAGUUUUUAAGGCCACAGCUGAUGCGUUUGUGUUCAAAAGUGUUAAUCUGAUGCUGAAUUAAGAUGAGGGGGAGUGGCGCUCAAUUAUUACAGCAAUUACACAGACGUUUGCAGGAUGCAGCAGGAAUCCAGGAGUGAGGGAGAGGGAUGCCUCUUAUAAAGCCAAGUCCUGUCUCUUUGGGAGGAAUUUGUGGGCAGUGAGACCAGGCUUUGGGUCAGAAACAGGAGCCCGAUGAGCCAAUGACUGUCUUCGUAAUUCUUCUCAAUGGUGCACGGGUGUCGUGGGACUUAGGCUGCUGAAGUUUUACAGUUCCAGUCGUGUUGUGUGAGCAUGCGUAUGGCAACAAAGCAGGCAUGUGGAGGACAGGCUGAGGCUCCAGGAUCCUGCCUCCCUCUGAACGAGUCAAUUAGAUUUUAAUCCCAGCGGAAAAGGUAAGCAAAGACGUUCCUCAGCAGAGUGGAAACACCUGAAAAUGUAUAAUUUACAACUUUUAAACUGCAUUGAAAGUGUUUUUUUAAAUCAUCUCGAAACCGUAAUGUUGUCACUGUGUCACACCUGCAGUUACCUUGUGCAGGAUUGUCCUGAUUUGUUGCACUGAUUUGUGUAUUCAUAUCAUGAUUUACAAAUUCAUGAUUAUAUAUUGUCUCCAAUACUUUCAUGUAUGACGGAGGCACUUUAUUUGCUAUUAAGUUUUAUAUUUUUUUAAAUUCUAUAGCUUAUCUGUUUAUUUACCUAAGUGAUGUUUAUUUAAAUGCCUCUUUUACUCAUUUUAUUCAAUAUUAAGUACAGAUUCUGUUUUUGUUUCGUAAUUGAAUGUCAAACUGGAUGUCAUCGCAUUGCUGCAAAACAAAUCUUCCAACCAAGUAACCUGAACCUAAAAUAUAGAUAUAAAGUCUAGAUAUGGUUAUAUGUCUGAUUUUUUUUUAAAUAGAUAGAGAUAUAGACAUAAAGAGAUAGAUUUAGAUAAAAGAUAUGGAUAUCUAUAAAUAGAUGAACAGAUAUUUAGAUCUCUAUGUAUAGAUGUACAUAUAUCGAUAAAGAAUUAUAGAUAUAUAGUAACAGACAUAGAUACAAAGAUAUUGAAAUAGAAGUAAAGAUAUUUAGAUACUGAUAUAGAGAUGUAGAAAUAGAUAUGAAUGAAGACAUAGAGAUAUAGAAAUAGAUGUACAUAUAUUAAGAUAUCAAUAUAGAUAUACAUGAAGAGAUAUAAAUAUAUAAGAAUAGAUGUACAGUUAUACAGGUUCUAAUAUAGAGAUGUAGAGAUAUCCUAAUAAAAGAUUAUAUAAACAUAGAUAUUUAGAUAUCGAUGUAGAGAUAUAUAGAAUAGAUGUAUGCAUACUUAGAUACUGAUAAUGGAUAAAGAAAUUGAGAUGAAUAAAGAGAUAUAAAUGUUUAUAAAUCGACCGACAGAUAUUUCUCAAGAUAAUGCAACAGAUAUACAAAAAUAUAGAUAUAUGAAAAUAGAUGUCUAACCAUUUAGGUAUCGCUUUGGAGAAAGAGGUAUAAAGAUAAAGAAAUAUAGAUAUGUGUUUCGAUAUUUGGAUGUCUUUUUGAAUAUCAAGAUAAAUAAAAAUACAUUUAGAUAAAGAGAUUUAGAUGUAUAGAAACAGAUAUAUAGAUAUGGAUGUAGAGAUACAGAGCUGUAGAUAUAUAGACACACACACACACACACAAUCACAAACCAAAAAUCUGAGUGAAUUUCCUUUUGUUCAUAAACUGAGAGCAGAAAUUUGGUGUUAAAGAAAGAAAAGAAGGUAAAAGUAAAAGUAAAGAGAGGUGGAAAUGUGUGUUUAUGUGUGUGUGUUUGUGUGUGUUUAUGUGUGUGUGUGAGGGGCAGAGAUGGAGGGGGAUUACUCCUCACUCCAGAAUACUAACGAGGGCCUUUUGUCACAGAUCUCUUUCUCUCUCUCUCUUCCUCUCUUCCGCUCCCUCCGUUUUUCUUUCACUCAUCACACACACACUCACACCCGUGCACUUAAACACACUUUGCCUUUUCCAGUGAUUGCACACAAACGCACACAUACAUGCACGCAUACAUCAUCACACGUUUACCCACCAUCACACACACAUCCACAGAAAUACUCGUGUAAUUGCAAUCCCACUCUCACAUAAUCACUCUCCCUUACACACACACACAGGGAUGGACACAGACUCGUUUUUGUCAAUGGCGCCUUUUGUUUCUUUUAUCUCAGCUGCUAACAAAGCAUUCCUGUGUACACAGAGGAGAGAGAGAGAGAGAGAGAGAGAGAGAAGGAAGGAGUGAGAAAGAGGAAAGAAGAAAAAGAGAAACGGAGGGAGAAAGAGGGAGAUCAGGAAAACAGUCCACGGCCUCUUUUGUUUGGCCAAAGAAAAACUUUGAAUUCAGAGUUUGGACCCGGCUCUCUGAGGCAGGGCGGUACAGUAAAGUUGCCGUGUUGUCAUGGAGAUGGAAUACGUCCGACUGGAGAGGUUGGUCAGAAAUAUUUCACUCUCAUUUACUCCCAAAUUGCUCUAUUAGUUAUCUGAUAUCUGCCUGUGCUGGAAUUUGUGUUUUUUUGUCUCUGGGGUUUGUGUUUGAGUGUGAGGAGAAAAUUGGAUGAGACGGCGACAGAGUUGAAAGAGUGAAGUUUUCAAUAGUGUCAUUGUAAUUAUGAACCUUUGAGGGGCUCACCCUUGCAUAAUCACCAAAGUGAGACGUAAUUAAAGCUGAUUGGUUAUGCAAUCUGUGAACGGCAUCGCAAAGAAGCUAUUUUGAUUCACAGAAAGAGGCCAAAAGUAUGAGGACGCCCCUGAUUUUUGGACAAAGGUCAGUCUUAUAAUUGGGGAAAAAUCUGGACUAAAUUUCUACCUUUAUGCACAAGAUCAGUAUGAGAUUCAACCAACAUAUAAUUAAAGAAAAUUCAAUUUUUUUGCUAAUUUACACUUUCCAGAUUAACACAAGUGGAUUUUUUCAACAAAAGUAAAGUUUGUUAAAUAGGUAAAGCUCCUGUGAGGAAGUUUUAGACAUCCAUAAAAUAGAUAGAUUAAUUUGAUAUUGAUGCCGCGUUAUGACACGCAAGAGCGAACAAGACCGUCAGCGACAACAUCAAGAUGUUCACUUGUGCAGGAGGGAAGGUAUGAGCUGAAGAUAGAGCCUCAUUUUAAUGUUUUCUAUAUAAAAUAUUCACAAAAAUAAUCAAUUUCACUGUUAGAAGACUGACUGAUGAGACUUUUGACAAAAGAUACAGCUUAUAUAUGCAUACAACAAGAUAGGCAGAGACUGCUUUGCCCACAGGGGGCGCCAACUUUGACACAAACCACAAGUUCCUCAUUGGAGCUUCAAGUUGUACAAAAACUAGAAAUAAUGCAAAUACUUGUCAAUGAAAAGUAUAUAAUUCAUGGUAUCCCGGUGUGAUGCCCUGCCAUCAGCACCACUGAUGGAGAACAACAAUCCACAGAGCCGGUAAAAUUACUUACUAUACCUUUAAACAGGCAAAUCUAUAGGAUUAACAUACAUUUGACCAAAACUGUCAAUAAUGGGACAAAACAAACAAAUUAGAAUAAUACGAGAUCCCAAAGGGGCAACAGACAAACAGAGGGGUUAAAGGAAGAGGCAGGCAGGCAGGGGAACACAAUGUUGUAAAUAAAGGAGGGAAUAUUUACACACAAAGCACAACAACUUAAAGACAAACAGGAGAAUACUAAAUAACUUUGGCUUCUCUGUUUGAUAUUUUUAACGGUAAAACUGGAUAUUAACUGCUAUUUGCUUCAAAUGCUCCCUUGCUCACCCCUCACAGGUGAAACAACGGUAGCCUUUAGGGACAAAAGGCCCCUGUGCUGCUUGAUAAGUGUAAACUCCAAUUUUUUAUCAGUGUUUUUAAAUGUAGGGUUUUUGUAGCUAACUGUAUGGAUGUCUGCUUGUUUGUUAAAGAUUCAAGUUAAAACAACAUUCAUGCACAGUGAUAAGGCAUCCGUACACUUUGGCCAAAGACGAACUCUCUGAACUCCUCAGAGAGUCUGAGUGAGAAAAGGAAACAGAAAAACCUUGUGAGAAGUAAAAAGCAGUAGAAAAAAAGAUGACCUGGUCAGGACAUCCAGAAAGCUCAGAUCUGGCGCUCGUCCUACCAGACUCUUACCACCGUCUCCAGUUACCCGUCAGAAGUUCAGUCUUUGUCCACUAAAGGCCUCUCCAGUUAGACUCGACUAUAAAGUCCUUUAAGGAAAAACUUUAUCUUGAUCAACGCCUGAGUUUUGGACAAAGAUUUAUUUUACCUCAGUUGAUUCAUUCAAGCUUCUCCUCUCUCUCUUUCUCUCUCUCCUUCCUCAUACUGACAAAUAAGACUGUGUGGAGUUUGUUUGCUUGAUUCACUGCAUCCUCACUUUAACUCCUCUUUCUCCUUUUCUCUCACGUCCUCCUUCUCCUCCUCUUUUAUGGGCUAUCUGCUCUCUGCUGGCCUUCCUGAUUGUUGGACGUAAGUGCAUGCUGAAUGUGUGGAGAUACAGUAACUGUCUGUCAGUGACAUGGGUGGAUCCUCACAUUUGAACGUUGUGAAAAGAGGACAUAAUAAUAAACAUGUUAUAUUUCCACUGAAAAUGUGCGCGUCCAUCUCUGCUGUGCUGUAGUUGGCCGGAAAGACGAUCAAGUCAAACACGAAACUAAAUUCAAGAUUAUUUCAAGUCAAUCCGCAGGGGUGUGUCUAAAGGUGCCCCCUGGUGAUAAGUGAUAAAUAGAGAUGUAGAAAUAUAUAUGAGUAUAUGAUGUAGCGAUAAAGAAAUAGAUGUACAGAUAUUUAGAAUUUGAUUUAGAGAAAUAGAUACAUAGAAAUAAAUGAUUUUAUAGGUAUUGAUAUUUAGAUAUCGAUAUAGAGAGAUAGAUAUUCUGUAAUAGAUAUAGAUACAAAGACACAGAUAUAAAGAGAUAGAUGUAUACAUAUUUAGAUACUGAUAUAGAGAUAUAAAUAUAUAGAGAUAGAGCUAUAGGAGAUAGAGCUAUAGAUAUUUUGAUAUCAAUCUAGAUAUAUUAUAACAGAUGUAAGUAAAGAUAUAGAUGCAUAAAAAUGCAUGUAUAAUUAUUCAGGUACUGAUAAAGAGAUAUAGAUAAAGAAACAGUGUUUCCCCUGCUGCUGAAUUACGUGCACCGCUACUGAAAUUUCACAUGAACAUUAAUAUCAAUGCGCCACUAAUGACUUCUACUCGCACUGUGUGAGCACAGCAACACACAAGGCUAUUUUCAACUUGUUUUGAGUCCCCCCCCAACGCAGAAGCGCCGCAGCUGAAGAAAAUUCUAGGUGAAACACUGAGAAAUAUAGAUAUAUUGUAAUGGAUGAUUGUAUAAAUAAAGAUAUUUAGAUUUUGAUAUAGAUAUAUAUAAAUUGAAAUAGAUAUACAUUGAUAAAAGACAUAGAUAUAUAGACAUAGAUGUAUACAGAUUAGACACUGAUAUAGAAAUAUAGUAAUAGAUGUGAAUAUGGAGAUAUAAUUAUAAAGAAGUUGAACGAAAGACAUUCAAGUGUUGAUCUAGAUAUAUUGUUACAGAUAUGAAUACUGAUUUUCAGGUCUCAAGUCUACAUCCUGAACUCAAGCAUCACAGCACUGUUGGGUUCGGGUUAGGUUAGGGUUCGCUGAGCCACCCUGGUCUAAAAAGUCUACGUCAGGUUGCAGAAGCAUGCACUUGUCUAACACAUGACCUAAAGCAGACCCUGCUCUGAAUAGGGGCCAUAUUCUUUCAACUCAGAGGCAAUGCCUACUUCUUAUUAACAGUCUGUAGUAAUACUCCAGUCUUGAACUUUUCGGUUUGAAAACCUUAAAGAUAUCAUCUGAACAGGAACCGUGCAGUUUGCACAUUUUAGUUUAUCAGCUUCUGUAAUCUGGACUUUAAAAGACUUAACACCGACGUCAACGGAUGUGCGAUACAUGUCUUCUUCUUCUUCUUCACACACGUUGUAUGGCAGUAAAAGUUAAAGUGAAAGCAGUUUUACUUUAAAGCGAAGCGACAGCUUGGUAGAUCAGGAUACUUCACUGAUUUAGUCUGUUCCAUCAGCCACUAUGCCCCUGGUUUCAAACAUUUUAAUGAUAUUUAAUUAGAGCACAGUUUUUUUUCCUUUCCUCUUACAGGUCAACAACACAUUUUUUUUUCUAACCACUAAGUUUUCAUUUGAGCUGUCAGGUGGUUUUGGUUAGCGUGUUUACUGAGCAGUUCUCAGACUUAGCAAAGGCACUUCAUCUUUAGAAGUUUUCCCAUAAAGCACCCUUAAUUUUCAUCCUUAUCAUCAUUUAUAAACUUGUUUUUUAAGGAAAUCUCUCAAUUCACAACCAACACAAAAGCUUCAUAGGGUACUGCAUCAAAGCUGUAAAAAGAACAAAAACAUGUCUUGUCAUGGUGGUUAAUGGUGGUUCAUUGCUCCACAAUAGUGAGGAAACACCUCUGACAGAUGCAACGCUGCAGAUGAGCUGUCAAACUGUGAGAAAAACAGCAGCCAUGCCUUCAGUGAAGAAGUGAUAGUUUCCGUUUCUCAUGUUGCAACAGCAAGAAAACCUUAAAAGUUUCCCAAACUAACAACACAAAUCUAGAUGUUCACAAAACUAAAACAUUAACAAAUUAAAGGCAGUUAAAAAAGGUAAACCACAGAAACUCCCACAAAGCUUCCUCCAAAUUUCAAAAGAAAAAUGACUCCAUCCGUGUGGGUUGAGGCUUUUUUUUUUAGUUGUUUAUCAGAUGAAAUUCGAAGAACUAUUUCGUUUAAACGUUAUCAGCUCUGAAUGUUCUUCAAUCUUGUGACAUACAGCCUGGAUAAAUAAUCUCUGUGUUUUUUUAAGUAUUACAAAGUCCAGGUGAGGUGAAUUCCCUGUUAGAAUAAGAGCAGGUGACUAACUAACUAUUACUGAAACCUACAGUCAUCAUCGACAGUUUCUGGCUUUUCCCUCAUACUUAGGGAAGUCACCAUAAUCAGAUUAUGAGGUAGUGCUGAGAAUGUGAACUCUCAAAACAUCCAACAAAUGUUUCCCUCCUAUCAGCCACUUAGAGUAAAAACUCCAAAUUUACCCAAAACUCAAACUUUGAAAUGAUCCACUAACAGCACAGACAAACAAACCAAAGACACAUCUGAACUCUUCUUUCUUUGUUACUCACCAGAUGACAUCUGCCACACCCCCUUCCUCACGUAGCUCCUCCCCCCAGAAAGUUUGCCACUCCCAGACCCAGACUGACGUUUUGAAACCCUUACUGGGAGGCGGCAUAUCUGGUGGGGGCGGGACUCUGAGGAAGAGGAGGCGUGUCCUGUCCAAAGAUGGGCGCAGCAACAUUCGGAUCGAACACGUCAACGGGCGGAGCGCCCUGUACAUGCGUGACCUGUGGACCACGUUCCUGGACAUGCAGUGGCGCUACAAGUUCUUCCUGUUCACCGCCACCUUUGCGGGGACAUGGUUCCUCUUCGGCGUGCUUUGGUAUCUGGUGGCGCUGGUUCACGGAGAUCUGCUGGGUAAGAUUGGAAAAAAAGUGUAGGGGAGCAACAGGUUACUGUACCUUUAUUUGGUUGAUUUACCGCCUAUUUGGCUAUUAUCUUAUCUCGCCACUUUUGUGCCUCUACGAUUGGCGAAUAUGACUUUAAAAUCGAUAAAUUUGUUCUACGAGCUAACAACUUCAAAUCCUUCGGUAAUACGCUUCUGGGGUGCAGCCAAAACAUCAUGCCAAGCUUCUCUUCCCUCUUCAUCUCACUCAAUAGUUUUGGUGUUUCUGGGCUCAGUGUGUGUCCACAGUGUUUUUGAGGUUAAUGAAGAGGAGUGUAUAUGCCCACUCAAUAAAUCCUGAAAGUAUAAAUCCUGGUCUUGUUUAUCUGAGUGUUUACCCCAAAAGAAGUCAUGGACUUUGUUAGUCUGACACUGUUAUAUCUGCAGAAAACUCACUUACACACAGAGCACUACCCUCAUGAACCCAGUUGUUUGGCUACUCUUGAAAGCGAGCACAGACACCAGAUCUUAUUUUUGUGCUAAUUAAAGCUCAUUCAGGAAAUGGUUUCAGACAGAGAAGGGCUAUUUUUAAGGAUACUGAUGUGAUGGUUUUACGGUCAUGCCUGAUAUAGCAGAGUGCUGACAGUGGGGCUAAAUAUCAGGGAACCGAAACCAGAAAUUUGGUUAGCUAUACGUGGCGGCUGCCAUUUUGUUGGGCAUUUCUCAAGUUUAGUUUAAAACGCCUGAAAAGUUUCCACCAAGAGUUCAAAACUUUCCCCCUUUUUGUAAAGUGUGUAAAGAGGACAGAUCUAUCAGUGCACAACCAGGAUUCAGUUAAAUCAAAAUGUGGUGGAAGUUGGAACAUGUAGCUCAGUUGGUAUUAACACCCACAGUCCUCUUACAUUUUAUAUGACCAAAGUUUUCCAUCAUGGAAGCAGAAAUAUAAAAAAAAGGUGUUUGAUAAUCACACCCCUCUGAACAUAAAAAAAGUGUGACCAGUGAAGAGGCAAAGGUGAGAACAGGCGGUAGGGUGAUUUAGAGAGAAGAGCAACUUACCAGCAGCAAAGCCAUAGGUGAGAAAGUGAUGCAAACAGCUCUGUUACAAAGACAAGUAAGUGUGCACAACGAGCGCUGCACAUGCUCAAUUGCAUCCACAAUUGUUCACACAAUAGUGAUAAAUGACAACACAGUCCCCUUCUACUUAGGAGACACAUUUUUGAGACAGCUCUAUAUGAACGACUCAGCACUUCGUGGUUUGGCGCUGAUGGCAAUCAAAGUCAUGAUGAUGAUGAUGAUGAUGAUGAUGAUGAUGAUAGUGCAAUGACUGCCAAAAGUCUGCAGGAUGUAAAACCGCUCUGUCCACAGGGUGCGCCAAAACUGACACAAACUGAAGGUUCUUCACUGGAGCUUUAAAAAUACAAACAUCAACCAUGACAUCAACCAUGAGGUGAUACCGUCAGUGACCUCUUGUUGUCUUUCAAACCCUUUCCCAACAGAGUUCGACCCUCCAUCAAACCACACCCCCUGUGUGAUGCAGAUGCAGUCCCUGACGGGGGCUUUCCUCUUCUCUCUGGAGUCUCAGACCACCAUCGGUUAUGGUUUCCGCUGCAUCACCGAGGAAUGUCCUGCAGCCAUCAUCCUCCUCAUCGUGCAGCUCGUCAUCACCAUGCUGAUGGAGAUCUUCAUCACUGGGACCUUCUUGGCUAAGGUAGACAAUGCAUAAAACAUGUAAAGCAAACCAAAAGAAGUGAUCACGCUUGAAGAAACAUUUAUUCUUCUUCGUCUGCUCAGGUAGCGAGGCCGAAGAAAAGAGGUGAAACCGUGAAGUUCAGCCAACAUGCUGUGGUGUCCACCCUAGAGGGCCGACCCUGCCUGAUGAUCAGGGUAGCAAACAUGCGCAAAAGUCUCCUGAUUGGAUGUCAGGUGACUAAGAACUUGUACUCAUACAAGUUUCACAGCUUUCUCUCCACAAAGUGCUUCUGAAAUCAAUGAAUCUGGGUUUAGACUUCAAAAUAAUUUAGAGAUCAUUUCCACCCAGGUGACGGGAAAACUGCUCCAGACGUCUCUGACAAAGGAAGGCGAGACGGUUCGUCUGGACCAGAGGAACGUGCCCUUCCAAGUGGACACAUCCAGCGACAGCCCCUUCCUCAUCCUGCCCCUCACCUUCUACCACCUCAUCGAUGACAGUAGCCCGCUGAGAGCCUGGGCGGCCAAAGGUAAGCUCGACUUAGAUGUCAGGUUUAAACCCUGCAGUCAGCUAACUCAGGCGUAUAAUUUCCAGUAUGGAAAGGUUGCACAAGUUCAUUUUUUUGAAAUCACGUGAGAGGGUUAUAAAAUGCACAUUUUCUAAAUUGAAACUUCCUUUUUUUUAAGGUUGGAAACUGAAAUGGUCUAAGCAAAGGUUUCUAUGGGUUGUUUAUUCCUUCCUCUACUGAAAUGUGACAGUUUUGCAUCUGAGAUCAUCCAGUACCUCUGAUUAUAUCUGGGAAAAUAAAGUCAUUUUUUGUGCCUUUAUGACAUAGAUCAAUGUAGCUUUGCAGACCCCAAGCCCUGUCUAGUCAGGGGUCCAACAGCUCAUGGGACAGAGUUGUUUUGAAAAUGCUUUUUUGCUAGUGGAAUGGCAAACUAUCUGGGUACUUUGUAAAUUGCACGGAAAAAUAGUGUGGCACAAUUUAGUGGUACAUUGCAUAUUGAUAAAUUAUGAUUUCUAGGGCAUGCAGGGGCGUGUCCUUACUUUUCCAACUGGGGUGACCGUGCUGGGGUGUUUAUUUAGGCAGGUGUGACAUUGAACAAACAGACCCCUUUGACAGCAGUUUGACAUGUUUUGGUGGUUGGAGCUUGGCUGGAGAAAAAAACAACUUCAGAGAUGUUAGCUAGCUAGCAAGUAUUUUUUUUGGCUUGUUUUUGACAAUGGCUGAAGACAAUAUGGGUCUCUGUGAUAUUUCCAUUGAAGUGUAUUAUUAUUAAAAUCUUAUUUCUUUAGAGGCUCAACAAAAUGUGCAUUCAGAAUCAAAAUAAAAAAAACAACUCAAAUUACAAGCUAAUUCCAGCACAGUGUCUGUCCUUAAACAUUUUAGUCUGACUUCCUAUGUUUGUAGCGUUUAAGAAAUUCAAUAUGAUAGAGGAACACAGUCUUUGGCGUCUGAGUCAUUUCUACAUUGGUUGUAGGCUGUGGGUGUAUUCUGUUGAUGGUGGAGGGGAGGUUUUUCAAAGGCAGCGAAGGCAACGUGACAGAGCAGAGUGAGAGACAGGAAAUCUUGCAACAUAUGAAGGGUGGCAAGUUGGAAAGGAAGGUACUUUUGUAAGAUGGUUGUGAGAAUAAGAGCACUGAGCCGAAUAUCAGACAAUCCUCAUGAGACACACUGAUAUGUAGAUGAUGAUGGAUAUACUUUUUCUUUUAAACUCGAGUUUUAGGUUUUUGUGCCUUUAAUUUAGAGGAGGAUUAGAUAAUAGCAUGUGAGAAGGUGGAAUCAAACCAGGCCCCAGGCCUGAGGCCUAACUUCUCUACAUGACAUGGCCAGUGACAUCCCAUAGAGCUGUUUCUGUAAAUGUUGUAGACUCUUGGUGUAAGAUUAAAAAAAUUUCUCACAGUUUCUUUCCAUCUCUUCUUUUCCUUUCUUUCCACUCCUCUCUGUUGGGCAAUCUCCUUCAACCUAACUCACACCAGGCGGGGGCUGGACAGAUCCAGAGUUGGCGGAUUUUGAGCUGCUGGUGAUUUUGAGUGCAACAGUUGAGCCGACCUCCGCCACCUGUCAGGUUCGCACCUCCUACUUGCCUGACGAGAUUCUCUGGGGCUAUGAGUUCCCUCCAGUGGUCUCUCUUUCCCCAUCAGGAAAGUACGUAGCAGACUUUGCCUUCUUUGACAAAGUGGCCAAGACCAAGACCACCCCCAUCUUCAAGACACCCAGCCCCCAGCAUGUGUACCAGAGCAACGGGGGCGGGCUGGUAACGGAGGUGUGCGAUCCAGAGAAGAUUCGCCUGGAGCAGAGUUACAGGGAGAGAGGGGAGGACCGAGGGCGAGGCAGAGACGCUCCUCUCAGUGUUCGUAUCAGCAACGUGUGAAUAUACAGACUGGUCAGAGCAUUUUAAUGAAAAGGGAACAGCCAAGUUUAAAGUCAGCUGCGACUCAGUGAGAGACUUGUUUUCAGACUGCUUAGAGCUUUUAUCAGAAAGAUAUUUAAGUCCUGGAAGGUGUAGUUGACAAGCAAAAAGGCUCUGGACAUUUUAAAGGUCCCAUAUACUGAAAAACGUGUUUUUUGUUGCCUAAACAUGACAUGACUUUAUGAGCCUCUGCAUUAUUUCUGUAGCCCACCUACUAGGAAAACAUAUCUUCUGCGAGGCAACUUGAACUUGCUCCUUUGGUGAUGUCAUAACAGGAGUGAUUUGCAUAUGCAUUUAUACAAAACCUCUCCUGCUCCAACUCUGAGUAAUUCCACGUUCUGAAGAUUUAGAGUCACACUAAUUUCUUUGGUUCUGGGUGCAAAAACCAGCACAACUGACUAGAUUCUGUGACAAUACUGGAGGGGUUAACAAAACAAAGCAUCCAGGUAGCAACCACCUGUUUGGGAUCAUGUUGGGUCAAAUAUGUUGGAUCGACUGCUGCAGGUUCUUCUGGGGGGCUCGACAUUUUUUGUGUGUUUUUGCUCCUCUGUAUCUGUCUCCAUUAAUGCACUACUAUCAUAAAGUGGGUGGGGUUACAAUUAUGAUGGUCCCCUCCACUCAGAUUGCUGCACAGAUAAUGUGCAGUAAUGAGAGACUGCAGGUCCUCUAAAAAGCUGUAUUUGCUGUUUCUUUGAGAAAGCCUUGCUUCAAAGACAAUUGGGACGUGUUUUAACAGCCAGAAAUAUCAUUAUAUGGGACCUUUAACAUUUUUAUACUCAUGUUUUCUGGGAGAAUAUGUUUCACACAGGUUGAACUGUAAUCAUAUGAAAAUAUAACACAGUGCCUAACUCUAGCUACUGAAUGUAUUUUUAAUUGUACACUGUAGAUUCUCUAAUAAGUUAACUAAAAAAAGAUCUAUUUAUUCACAGAGGAAAAACCCAUGAUCAUAAUGAAAUAAAAAUCAAAACUGUGAGUGGAGAGUACAGAAAACUUAGUGGGUAAGUUUGGGUCCCACCCAGAGAAAUGGUUUGUUAGUCAAUGUGUAAAGUUUCCACGGUCAUGAGUGAAUAAUUCCAGCAGGUGGUAAAGGUACGAUGAGGGGGAGAGGGAACUUCCACAGACACUGUUGUACCUGUUGUAAAUCCUCUUCAAUUUUCAUAUACUGAAUACUCUUAAAAGUAUGAGUACUACAUUUAAAGUUUCAGGAAGAACUAAGUGUGUUCAUGUAGAACACAACACUCCCAUGACCAUGCAAUUUCCUGUUGUGGUUGUCACAGAGACUGUUUUAUGCUAACGGAAACUUCUGCUCUGCUAUGAAAGUGAUGGGGACAGCCUGAUUUAUUUCUGAUAUAUGACUUUUGGCACUUUAUGUGAGCCCACAAUGUACAUUUGCACCUUAAAAAAGUUUAGCUACACAUGCUUAAACUGUAAUAAAGAUGUGUCACUACUGAAAGCACAAUUGUCAUAGAUAGAGUUUGAAUAGAUGUUUCUGCAGAGCUAGGUUUAGUGCAGCAGUGUCAGACUGAAACAAAAAGGUGAAUGUCUUUUGUCCAUCACAAACAGCUACAGUAGAAAACAGGGAUUUUAAUUUGUGUGCAGUAGGAAUCGUCUGUCUUUUAUUUUUGAGUUACUAAGUCAAAUUUCGAUGAAGCCCCUUAUAUUUGUAGACAUGAGGAGGAUUCGUGAUUUCAAGACUUCACCUGAGUGGCGAGGGAUGGUGUAAAAGAGAUGCUGUAAGUUACUGAACAUGGAUGACUGACGGAUUUGGAAACGACUGCUGAAGCAGAGAUGAGAAUGAUGGAUGCAAAAAUGUGUGAGAUUGAAGGUAUUUUUUCACUUUGUUAUAACAUGAAGCGCUUUUUGUAAAUAUUUUAAAUGAAGGGAAAAAUAAAAUGAGACAAAUAUCUAAAAACUGAUUCAAUAAAGCUGAUUUUGAGUUAUAAAA